UUCACGUUUAACUUUGGUGUUCUUUUAAUUGGGAGGAGUGUUUACCAAGAGAAACGAAGAUGAGCGUAGAGAUAUUGGACGGAGCCACCAUUCGCGAGUUCGUGGAGGACGAGGGAGCCUUCAACGGGUCGGUCGAGGACCGGUUUGCGAGCCUCGACGCCGACCGGGAUGGCCGGCUCUCGUAUGCAGAGAUGGCGAGGGAGUUGAUGAGCCUCAGGGUGCUGGAGACCCACUUCGGCAUGGACGAGGUGAAGCUGAGCCCCAACGAGCUUGUUCAACUCUAUCGUGGCCUCUUUGCUCGGUUCGAUCAUGACGGCAAUGGAAGCGUAGACUUGGAGGAGUUCCGUUCAGAGAUGAGAGAUAUGAUGCUGGCGGUGGCCAACGGGCUCGGUUUCUUGCCGGUUCAGAUGGUGGUGGAGGAGGGAAGCUUUCUCAAGAAGGCCGUGGAGAGGGAGUCGGCAAAGUAUGCCGCAUAGAGGUCUUAUGUUUUUUCAGAGAGUCCUAGGCUUGUUGAGCUAUCUUCCUAUUGAGUUUUAGUUUGCCGCUUCCUACUUCUUGUUUUCCUAUUGAGUUUAGAUUUAUAAAAUUGCCGAUGGAUUUGUUUUCAGAAGAGAUGGUACGAUGAUUCAAAUGUAACUUCCUUUUUGAGGUUUUGUACUUCAUGAGAUAAUUACUAGUGAAUCGAAAAUUUGAGAUUUAU